CCUAGCCUUCACCCGGAGAGUCACUCGGGACCCCGGGCCCCGCUCAGCCUUCCCAGUACCCGCGAGCCCCUAUGGGGGCCCUGGCCCCGUGCGACCCCGCACCCGCGCUCUGUCUGCUACUCGUUUGCGUCUGGGUGUCUCGAGCCUCAGCACCCACAUCACCGACCAAUGCAGAGCAGCAACCUGAGCCAGCCCUGGAUCCCAGCCGCAGCCAUCAGGAGGUGACCCUUGCCAUAGGAGAUGCGACAGCAAUGAUGGGUGGUCAGGAGGCUGAAGCUCUGGACUCCUUGGCCAUGUCUUCCUGGGAAAGGCGGCUCCAUCGGGCCAAAUGUGCACCAUCUUACGUGUUCUCCUGCUUCAACGGGGGUGAGUGUGUGCACCCAAACUUCUGUGACUGCAGACGCUUCAAUGCCACUGGACCUCGCUGCCAGAUGGUGUACAAUGCCGGCCCUGAGAGGGACAGCAUCUGCCGGGCGUGGGGACAGCACCACGUGGAAACAUUUGAUGGCCUCUACUACUACCUCUCUGGGAAGGGCAGCUACACACUGGUGGGGAGCCAUGAACCCGAGGGGCAGACCUUCUCAGUCCAGGUGCACAACGACCCGCAGUGCGGCUCCUCCCCCUACUCCUGCUCCAGGUCUGUCAGCCUCUUCUUUGCGGGUGAGCAGGAGCUACGUCUGGCCAAGGAGGUCACCCACGGAGGAGUGAGGGUCCAACUGCCCCAUGCGAUGGGGAGUGUGCGUCUGCAGCAGCUUGCUGGCUACGUCCUCGUGCGGCACCAGUCAGCCUUCACACUGGCCUGGGAUGGCGCUUCGGCUGUCUACAUCAAGAUGAGCCCGGAGUUCCUGGGCUGGACCCAUGGGCUGUGUGGGAACAACAAUGCUGACCCUCAGGAUGACCUGCUGACCAGCUAUGGAAAGCUGACGGACGAUGUGGCUGAGUUUGUGCACAGCUGGCAGGAGCUGGCCCCCAACCAGCCUCCAGGGCCCAUAACCUCCUCCCUGCCUCUCCCACCGUGCCUGCAGCAGAGCCUGGGAACCAUGCAGGGUGUGUAUGGCCGGUGUGAGGCACUGCUGCGGCCCCCCUUUGAUGCCUGCCAUGCCUACGUCAGCCCUCUGCCCUUCACAGCCAGCUGUACCAGCGAUCUCUGCCAAUCAGUGGGUGAUGAAGCCAUCUGGUGCCGGGCACUAGCGGAGUAUGCCCGGGCAUGUGCCCAGGCGGGGCGGCCCCUGCAGGGCUGGAGGACUCAGCUUCAGCAAUGCACUGUGCACUGCAAGGAGAAGGCCUUUAUCUACAACGAGUGCAUUGCCUGCUGCCCCGCCUCCUGCCAGUCCCGGGUGUCCUGUGUGGACAGUGAGAUCGCCUGUGUAGACGGCUGCUACUGCCCUGACGGGCUGAUCUUCGAGGAUGGGGGCUGUGUGGCACCAGCUGAGUGUCCCUGUGAGUUCCACGGGACCCUGUACCCAACUGGCUCUGUGGUGAAAGAAGACUGCAAUGCCUGCACAUGCACUGCGGGCAAGUGGGUGUGCAGCACAUCUGUCUGCCCAGCCGAGUGUUCAGUGACUGGCGACAUCCACUUCACCACCUUUGAUGGCCGCCGGUACACCUUCCCCGCCACGUGUCAGUACAUCCUGGCCAAGAGCCGCUCCUCAGGCACCUUCACAGUGACACUGCAGAACGCCCCCUGUGGCCUGAACCAGGAUGGAGUUUGUGUCCAGUCAGUGUCAGUGAUUCUGCAUCAGGACCCUCGGAGACAGGUGACCCUGACCCAAGCGGGGGAUGUCCUUCUGUUUGACCAGUACAAGGUCACCCCACCCUACACUGACGAUGCCUUUGAGAUCCGGAGGCUGUCCUCCGUGUUCCUGCGCGUGCGGACCAACGUGGGUGUGCGGGUGCUCUACGACCGCGAAGGCCUGCGGCUCUACCUGCAGGUGGACCAGAGAUGGGUGGAGGAUACCGUGGGCCUCUGUGGCACCUUCAACGGCAACACGCAGGAUGACUUCCUGUCCCCGGUGGGUGUGCCCGAGAGCACCCCACAACUCUUUGGCAAUUCUUGGAAAACACUGUCUGCUUGCUCCUCGCUGGUCCCUGGCUCUGCACUGGACCCCUGUGAUGUGCACCUGCAAGCUGCCUCCUUUGCGGUGCAGUCCUGCAGCGUGCUCACAGGGGAGCUGUUUGCGCCCUGCUCUGUGUACCUGAGCCCUGUGCCCUACUUUGAGCAGUGCCGCCGGGACGUCUGCCGCUGUGGGCAGCCCUGCCUGUGUGCCACGCUGGCCCACUAUGCCCACCUGUGCCGGCGCCACGGGCUCCCCAUUGACUUCCGUGCCCGCCUGCCAGCCUGUGCUCUGUCCUGUGAGGCCACCAAGGAGUAUAGUCCCUGCGUGGCCCCAUGUGGACAAACCUGCCAGGACCUGGCUAGCCCUGAGGCCUGUGGGGUUAAUGAUGGUGGUGACCUCAGCGAGGAUGAGUGUGUGGAGGGCUGUGCCUGCCCACCGAACACCUAUCUGGACACCCAGGCUGACCUCUGUGUCCCCAGGAACCAGUGCUCCUGCCACUUUCAAGGAGUGGACUAUCCACCUGGAGACAGUGACAUCCCAUCCCUGGGCCACUGCCACUGCAAAGAUGGAGUCAUGAGCUGCGAUAGCAGAGCCCCAGCCACUGCCUGCCCCGAGGGCCAGGUCUUCGUGAACUGCAGUGACCUGCACAGUGACCCGGAGCUGAGCAGAGAGAGAACGUGUGAGCAGCAGCUGCUGAACCUGAGUGUGCCAGCCCGUGGCCCUUGCCUCUCAGGCUGUGCCUGUCCCCAAGGCCUACUCAGACAUGGGGAUGCGUGUUUUCUGCCGGAGGAGUGCCCAUGCACUUGGAAGGGGAAGGAGUAUUUCCCUGGGGACCAGGUCAUGUCUCCCUGCCAUACCUGUGUGUGCCAGCGAGGCUCGUUCCAGUGCACUCUCCACCCCUGCGCCUCCACCUGCACAGCCUACGGCGACCGGCAUUACCGCACAUUUGAUGGGCUCCCGUUCGACUUCGUGGGUGCGUGCAAAGUGCACCUGGUCAAGAGCACAUCUGAUUUCAGCUUCUCCGUGAUUGUAGAAAAUGUCAACUGCUACAGCUCUGGCAUCAUCUGCAGGAAAUUUAUUUCCAUCCAUGUUGGGAACUCACUCAUCAUCUUUGAUGACGACUCAGGAAAUCCCAGUCCUGAAAGCUUCCUGGAUGAGAAGCAGGAGGUCCACACCUGGCGAGCAGGAUUUUUCACACUGGUGCAUUUCCCACGGGAGCACAUCACCCUCUUAUGGGACCAGAGGACCACCGUGCACAUCCAGGCUGGGCCACAGUGGCAGGGCCACUUGGCAGGACUCUGUGGGAACUUUGACUUAAAAACCAUCAAUGAGAUGAGGACCCCGGAGAACUUAGAGUUAACGAACCCGCAGGAGUUUGGCAGCAGUUGGGCUGCAGUCGAGUGUCCAGACAGCCUUGAUCCCCAGGACACGUGUGUCCUGAAUCCUCUCCGAGAACCAUUUGCCAAAAAGGAGUGCAGCAUCCUGCUCAGUGAAGUCUUUGAGACCUGCCACCCUGUGGUCGAUGUCACUUGGUUUUACUCAAACUGCCUGACAGACACAUGUGGGUGCAGCCGAGGCGGUGACUGUGAGUGUUUUUGUGCCAGUGUGUCCGCCUAUGCCCACCAGUGCUGCCAGCAUGGGGUGGCCAUCGACUGGAGGACACCACGCCUCUGCCCAUACGACUGUGACUUCUUUAACAAAGCACUAGGUAAGGGCCCCUACCAGCUGGCCAGCCAGGCAGCUGGCAGUACCCUGGUGUCCAUGCAGGCGGCAGGCGGUGCCAUGGUCCUCGCGCGUGCAGAAGACGUGAUGCCGGGGGACAUUGUGAACUUCCUGCUGACGGCUGCACUGUACAAGGCCAAGGCCCACGACCCAGAUGUCGUAUCCCUGGAGGCAGCGGACAGACCCAACUUCUUCCUCCACAUCACAGCCAAUGGGUCUCUGGAGCUGGCCAAGUGGCAGGGCAGCGAUGCCUUCCACCGCCAGGCCUCCUUUGUGCUGCAUCAGGGGACAUGGCGGACAGGCCUGGUGGCCCUGGAGUCCCUGGCAGAGCCUGGGUCCUUCCUUUAUGUGUCGGGCCCCAUGCUGGCCCUGCGGCCAUACGAACACACGGAGAUGUUCCGCUGGGGCACGCUCUUCCGCCUUCUGGAUGCCAAGUCAUCGGGGACUGCCUACCCCAUCUGCGAGUGGCGCUAUGAUGCCUGUGCCAGCCCCUGCUUCCAAACCUGCCGGGAUCCACAGGCAGCCAGCUGCCAGGAUGUGCCCAGGGUAGAAGGCUGCGUGCCUGCAUGCCCCACCCCCAAGGUCCUGGAUGAAGUCACACAGAGAUGUGUCUACUUGGAAGACUGUGUGGAGCCAGCGGUUUUGGUUCCUACAGAGGCCCUUGGCAAUGAGACCCUGCCUCCCAGUCAAGUGCUGCCCACCCCCAGUGACCAGGAGCUACAGUUUCCACAGGACACUCCUGGGGUUCCCUCCUACAGGCCAGCACUCACCCCAGCCUUCCCACUCACCACGUCCCUGAACCCAUCCAUGGCAGCCACUGAGGGGCCAACGCUGCCUCCAGGCCCCUCCCAGGCCACACUGCAGCAGCCGCUGGGGGUCACUACAUCUAACCUCCCUGAGUACCCCACACAGACCCCGGCCAGCAAGGGAGUGGCUGCCAGCCAACUGACUACCCCCCAGACACCAGGGUCCUCGUCUCGCCCUCUUUCACAGCAGGUGCCUAUGCCUGGCAUGGGGUUGGGUGCCAUGCAGACGACCAGGGUACCGGUGACCUUUGCAGGAAGUCCCAACAUCACAGUCUCCUCCCAGUCACCCCCGGUACCUCGCUUCCCACUCAUGACCAAAGCGGUGACAGUGCCAGGCCCUGACUCCGUGCCUGUUAAGACAACACCCUUACAGGCCUCCCCAGGCCUGGAAUCGCCUGCAAGCGCCCCCUCCAGGCCUGAGGCUUCUCCUGCAGUGACCUCCAGGCUCCCCGCUUCCUCCGAAUCCCAUGAGGCUUUGAUGACACCUGCAAUAACGACGAAGGUCACGACCAGGACAGGGAUCCCUGAACCCAUACAGGCUCAUGGCAUGUCCAGCCCAAGCAGCCCCACAACUGAGGCUAGAACAGCAGUAGAGCAGGUUCCUGUCAGUCCCAUGGUGACAGAGGGCAUGGAGAUGGUGCCAUCCACAGAGAAGGUCCAGCCUGGGCCCAGCCGGCCCACGAGCCUGCCUCCUUCUCCACUUCCUGGCCCGCUCCCCACUGCCAUGCCCCACCCCACCGGGCACACCACCACAGCUGCCAGGUCUCCAGCUACCACCAGCUUGUCCACAGUUGCUCGCGGGCUGGCGGCCACGCCCUUCAUGUCUCUGGAGUCAACUCGGCCAUCACAGCUCCUCUCUGGUCUGCCUCCUGACACCAGCCUGCCUCUGGCCAAAGUGGGCACGUCUGCCCCAGUGGCCACGCCUGGCCCCAAGGGCUCUGUCAUCACCCCUCCACUCCAGCAACAGGCCACAUCUCUUGCCACGGCCAUGACUGCAUCUGCUCAGACACUCCGUCCAGCCCUGCCUCUCACCCCAGCUGUCGUGGCCCAGGUGCACCCUCCCAGUCACACAGGCCCUCAGGCAACCGGCACAGCUCCAAGCCUGCUUCUGGGAACCACAUUGCCAACCUCUGGAGUUGUGGCCGUGGCUGAGGGGGUGGCCUCCACAGUAUCCGUUGCCCCACGAAAGAGCACUACAGAGAAGAUGGCCAUCCUGUCCAAGCAAGUGUCUCUGCCCCCCUUGUUACAGGGCUCUGCCCAGGGGAGGCCCACAGAGCUCACGCCUGCUGUGACCCAUACUCUCGCUACCUUGGUGACUAAGGCCGAGAGCCCCUGGGUCGGCACAGUGCCACCAGUGCCCACAUCCUAUCCCCUGAGCCCUGUCUCUGCCAGGACUGCCUCCCGAGAGAGUUCACUGGUGCUGCUCCCUCAGUUGGCCGAGGCCCAUGGAACCUCAGCAGGACCUCAGCCCCCAGCAGAGCCUGUGAGAGAGGCCACCACCGUGCAGUCUGGGCGCUCGGCCGCAGUCCCAAGCAUCUCACAGCCUUCAGCCGAGGCCUUGGCAACCACCGCUGAAGCCAAUGCAUCUGCCCUGUGUGUUCCAAUUGCAGAGGAGGACUGCGUCCGCCACAUCUGCCUGGAGGGCCAGCUGAUCCGUGUGAACCAGUCCCAGAAUUGUCCCCAGGACGUCACGCCCCUUCGCUGUGGGGUCCUGGGCCUUGCAGUGAGAGUGGGUGGGGACCGCUGCUGCCCCUUCUGGGAGUGUGCCUGCCGAUGCUCAAUCUUCCCCGAUCUGAGCUUUGUGACCUUUGAUGGGAGCCAUGCAGCCCUGUUCAAGGAGGCCAUCUACAUCCUCAGCCAGAGCCCUGAUGAAAUGGUCACCGUCCAUGUCCUCGACUGCAAAAGUGCCAACCUGGGGCACCUGAACUGGCCCCCGUUCUGUGUGGUAUUGCUGAAUGUGACGCACUUGACUCGCCAGGUCAUCAUUGACCGCUUCAACCGGAAGGUGACCGUGGAUUCCCAGCCUGUGUGGCCCCCCAUGAGCAGAUAUGGGUUCAGAAUUGAGGACACGGGCCACAUGUAUGUGAUCCGGACGCCGUCACACAUCCAGAUCCAGUGGCUCCACAGCUCAGGACUCAUGAUCCUGGAGGCCAACAAAGCCAGCGAGGCCCAGGGCCGGGGCCUGUGUGGUAUCUGUGAUGGGGAUGCAGCCAAUGACCUCACCCUGGAGGAUGGUUCUGUGGUGGGUGAAGAUGAGGACCCUGCUCCCUUUCUGGACAGCUGGCAGGUGCCCAGCUCUCUGACCUCGGUGGGCCAGACCCGAUUCCGCCCAGACAGCUGUGCCACAGCUGACUGCUCCCCUUGUCUUCGCAUGGUGUACAACCGCACCUUCAGCGCCUGCCACCACUUUGUCGCACCAGAGUCGUUCUGUGAGCUGUGGAUCCGGGACACCAAGUACGUGCAGCAGCCCUGCGUGGCACUGACUGUGUACGUGGCGAUGUGCCACAAGUUCCACGUGUGUAUCGAGUGGCGGCGUUCCGACUACUGCCCCUUCCUGUGCUCCAGCGACUCCACCUAUCAGGCAUGUGUGGCAGCCUGCGAGCCCCCCGAGACAUGCCAGGAUGGGCUGCUGGGCCCGCUGGACCCGGAGCAGUGCCAGGUGCUGGGAGAGGGCUGCGUCUGCUCUGAGGGUACCAUCUUGCACCGGCGCCACUCGGCACUCUGCAUUCCUGAGGAGAAGUGCGCCUGCACUGACAGCACAGGGGUGCCACGGGCCCUGGGGGAGACCUGGAAUAGCUCCCUCAGCGGAUGCUGCCAGCACCAGUGCCAAGCUCAGGACACCAUCGUCCCAGUGGAGCUGGACUGCCCAGUCACCCGCCCUGAGAGCUGCCCACGCUUUGGGGAGGUGGUCCUCCUCCUGCCCACCGAGGAUCCCUGCUGCCUGGGGGCUGCAUGUGUGUGUAACCAUUCUCUGUGUGAGGGCCUCGCCCCGACCUGCCGCCCCGGCCACCGACUCCUCACCCACUUCCAGGAGGACUCCUGCUGCCCCAGCUACAGCUGUGAGUGUGACCCAGACCAGUGUGAGGCAGUGGUGGUCCCCAGCUGCCGCCAGGACCAGAUCCUGAUCGCUGGCCGCCUGGGGGAGUCGUGCUGCACCGUCUACUUCUGCGCCUGUGGCGACUGUCCAGAUCCUAUCCCCGAGUGUCAGGAAGGGGAGGCCCUGACCGUGGACAAGAACACCACGGAGCUCUGCUGCCCUCUGUACCAGUGUGUAUGUGAGAGCUUCCGCUGCCCCCAAGUGCAGUGUGGCAUGGGCACUGCCCUGGUGGAGGUGUGGAGCCCAGACCGCUGCUGCCCCUACAAGUCCUGUGAGUGUGACUGUGACACAAUCCCAGUGCCCCGGUGCCAUCUGUGGGAGAAGUCCCAGCUGGAUGAGGAGUUCAUGCAUAGCAUGGAGAACGUGUGUGGCUGCGCCAAAUAUGAGUGUGUGAAGGCCCCUGUAUGUCUGAGCCGAGAGCUGGGCGUGAUGCAGCCGGGCCAGACCGUGGUGGAGCUCUCAGCAGAUGGCGUGUGCCACACCUCCCACUGUACCGACCAGCUGGAUCCUCUCACCGGCUUCUACCAGAUCAACUCCACCUCUGUGUUGUGUGAUGUCCACUGCGAAGCGAACCAGGAGUAUGAGCACCCGCGUGACCUGGCGGCCUGCUGCGGCUCCUGCAGGAAUGUGUCCUGCCUCUUCACUUUCCCCAAUGGCACCACCUCCCUGUUCUUGCCCGGGGCGUCUUGGAUUGCUGAAUGCGCCCGCCACCACUGCAGCAACACUCCCCUGGGCGCUGUGCUUGUCCGCUCACCCAUCAGCUGCCCACCGCUCAAUGAGACUGAGUGUGCCAAGGUUGGGGGCUCAGUGGUACCUUCCUUGGAAGGAUGCUGCAGGACAUGUAAAGAGGAUGGGCGCUCCUGCAAAAAGGUGACCAUCCGCAUGACCAUCCGCAAGAACGAAUGCAGGAGCAACACCCCUGUGAACCUAGUGUCCUGUGAUGGGAGGUGCCCAUCUGCCAGCAUCUACAACUACAACAUCAACACCUAUGCCCGCUUCUGCAAGUGCUGCCGCGAGGUGGGCCUGCAGCGGCGCUCCGUGCAGCUUUUCUGUGCCAUCAACGCCACCUGGGUGCCCUACACAGUGCAGGAACCCAUCGACUGUGCCUGCCAGUGGUCCUGAGGCCUGGGGCUGGGCUGGGGCUGGCUGGACCACCUCUGCCACCCCCACGUUCUACUUCCAGCUGGCCCAAUGUGCAUGUGGCGGGGGAGGGUGCAGGGGGGCAGUAAAGGUCUGGAGAGCUGGUACGUGCUGAGCAUGGUAUGGCAGGCACACAGAGAGAGUGACCAGAACAGGCUACACCUGGCCAUCCUGGCUCACUCUCUGGGCUCCCCCUCCUUCACACUUGGGAAGCUGCCACAGCUGAGGGCUUGGAGAACUCAACUCUGUCCCUGGCUUGAGGUCUAGAAUAGGCCCUAGAUCAAGGGCAGCAGUCCCCGCACAUCUCUGGCUGCAAUGCUUUGGUGGAGGGGUUGAGAGCUUUCCAGAGAAGCCAGGACCAGAGCUAGACCCAAUGCCAAGUGCAGGGUCAGGAUGUGACGGUCCCUUCUCUUUCUUGGCCCUUUUGACCACGGGAGACCCACAGACACAGUAAAAGAAAAGGGGGCUUUAAUUGCAACAUGCAGGCCUGCAGGUAGUCACCCAGAAGGAAUUCCCAAAAGCAAAAAGGGUGGGUUCCUGGGCUCAGUCUCACCGACAUCUGUGAGGUCAGGUCCAGAAACUGAGGAGUGGGCUUGGUGGUGUUCAAGUUCCCUGAGCCCCAAGAAGGGUGCCCUGGAGUUCCGUAAUUGACAUUGUGAUUCAGGAGCGAUUUAGCAGAGCAGGCCCAUGCCUGCUCCAUACCAUCCCCAGAGCCAGCCUUCCUGCUAGGUGGGCUGGCUCUUGUGAGGUGGUGACGGGAGGGAAUGCCUUCCUCAGCGAGGGUCCAGCACAACUCCUCUCAGUGUUGGUGGACACUCCAAGGGCCGUAGGUGGUUUAAUGGGUACCUUCAGGGUGGCUCCUGGCUUUGCAAUGGACUUUUCUCCAAGAACAUAGCAGAGCUGGUCUCUGGAGGUGCCUCAGUGUGGGUUUUGUGGUCCAGCCAGUUCCCAGCUCACUGCUUCCUGGGACUGUUCAGCAGGAGAGCAUCUGCCAGUGGAAAACACAGGCCCUGUGUGUGUGCAGCCUGAGUCUCUGAGCAUCUGUCAGAACCUUGUCUCUGAACCAGAGUGUCUUUCCUAAAGCCAAGCCCAGGGCCCCCUGCCACCCUGCUCUGCAGGUGCCCCCCACACCAUGCCCCUUUGUGCUGCUGGGCCAAAGAGCAUGAACAUGAGGUUCAGGCCCCAGCACUGCCCUGUAUGUCUGGAGACAUGUGGCUGCCCUAGUAUCCUUAGGGUUGGGGUUAGGGGCCUGUGCCAGCAUGGUCCCAGCUGUUCUUGCAGCCUCUUUGUGCCUGUACCUAUUCUGUUUAUAUAUCCAAUAAACCAUGGGAAGACACUGAGCCUUAGAGCAUC